AUGGAAAGUGUGAGACAUAGGAUCGCUUUACUAUUCGCCAACGAAGCGGAUAUACAAGAUGUUGAGACAGUCGAAGACGGAGUUAUUGUGUUUCCUAACAGCAAUAUAACAAUACAGGAUAGAUGGACAUACGCAAUUGACUAUGAAUUAGAUAGUAUUAGAAGAAUCAGUUGGAGAAACCCCAGUUCAACUCGUCAAUUUAGUGUGAUAGAGUCUCGCUUGGCCCCUGGCUUUAACAUUUACUCAAAUGACAAAGAGGCAAGGUUAAACUUAUUUGGUAUACAACCUGUAUACUCGCCGAUGUAUAAAUCCUUACACUCAGAGACUUGGAAAAGCAUUAACGAGAUAUUACCAGGUGGUAAAAACCUCAAUAUACCAUGGAAUCCUGAGUUGUGCGACUAUGACAUUCUAAUAACUGCUAAUACCGUUCAAGUUUUCAGUUACUGUUCAUUAGUUGAAAAGAAAAAAUUUGUUAAAGACGCAGGGAAAGUCGAGAUAGGGUUGUUUCAUGUAGAUACUGAGGAUGAAGAAGAUAUCAAUCUGAGUGGAUUGAGAUGUACAUGGGAAGACACUAGCAACAAUAUUGGCAAAUGUGAAAAAACAACUCUUUUUUAUAAACCAUUCCAUCUAUACGUUGAUGAUUCAUCAGACAUUGCACCAAUUACAAUUGAAAAUACUAAUGGUUUACAUCCUAAAAUGAAAAUCGAUUUAAGUGGAAUAAGAAAGGAUAAGGAUUGUAGACAUUUCGUGUUCUCUCAAUUACCUUCUGAAAUUUUUGUUGAUAAAUUCCAAUCACCUGGGUCUAUAGUAUUUGGAUUAGAUGACUUGGAGUUGCCAGAUUACAAAGUUAACUCAUUGUCUUGGGGCUCCGAGUCCAUAGUUACAUUAAAAGAAGGACAGAUCAAUGAAAUCACAUAUUUCUCACGCUACUUAGAACCAAAAGAGAGAGCCUCUAAUAAAACAGUAGGAUUUGAACCAAUUCUUUUCAAGGCAUGUCAAGUAGGCAAAGAAGAGGACCUGUCAAAUCCUUUCUACUCCAGAAGUCUAGGAUACGAAGCUUAUUUUUCGGAAAAUACUAAAUUCUAUCACAUUAACUCCACUUCUGUACAUGUUAAUAUUCCUUAUCCGAACAAAAAUGAUAUUGGGAAUAUAGAAUAUACAACCUUUGGAAUUGUUGUUCUAGCAAUUUGUUAUUUGAUCUAUAAAUUGUUGAGACCUUCGAGGAAAUUAUCUACAGUAAAGAGGGACUAA